AUGGCACCCGGCUGCUCGUCAUUAGACCCCAUCCUCUCCGCGCUGGCUCUCCCUCCUGCCACCACGGCUGAGGGGCUGCGCGCCGCGCAGAAGGACGAGUUCCACGGCAACGAGUUCUCCCUGCUCGUAUCGCACGCACUCGGCGCUCUCGCCGGCCCGCAGUGGGUGCAGAAGCACCGCGAGGAGGUCCGGGCGGCGGCGCGCCUCGCCUACGGCGGCCUCUCGACGGCGCGCCUCGCGCAGACGCCGGGCGAGGAGUACUGCGACAUCACGUGCGUAGACGCGGCCACGGGCCAGCCGCUGCCGCUCCGCCGCCGCUGGAUCGCCGUCUUGAUUGGGGCGCUGACGCCGUACCUUGCUCUCCGCCUCGAGGCGCGGCUCAUCUCCGCGGCCCGCUCCUCCGAGUCGCCCCUCGCCGCCGCCCUCGCCGCGCGGCUCGGCUCGUUCGGCGAGGCGCUCCGCCGGCUGCAGCUCGCUCUCUUUUGGCUCGGCGCGCGCCCCGUCGGCUGGUCGACGUGCCGCUCGGCAUCGCGCACGAGAGGCGGACAAGGAGCGGAGAGCUGCCCCUCCGCCGCCCGCCGCCGCCGCCGAGUCUGCUCGCCGGCGCACGGCUCCGCUCUGCUCGCUGUGUCCGAGAAGCCAGAGUGCCCGCUCUGCCGCGAGGCGCUGCAGCCGCAGGCGCUACGUUGCCUGCACGGAAUGGUCUGA